AUGUGGAGAAACGUGUUUAUUCAGGCUGUCUUUCAAGUUGCUGUUCUUCUGACUCUCAACUUUAGGGGUCGGGAUCUUUUGCAUUUGACUCAUGACACACUAGAUCACUCCAGUAAAGUGAAAAAUACACUUAUAUUCAACACAUUCUUGUGUCAGGUGUUUAAUGAGGUCAAUUCUCGUAAACCAGAAAAACUGAACAUCUUUGCUGGAGUUUCAAGAAAUCACCUUUUCUUGGCAGUAGUGAGCAUAACUGUUGUGAUGCAGGUGAUAAUUAUUGAGUUCCUCGGGAAAUUUACAUCGGCAGUGAGACUCAACUGGAAGCUUUGGCUUGUUUCCGUAGUUAUUGCUUUUCUAAGUUGGCCCUUGGCUUUUGUUGGAAAAUUCAUUCCAGUUCCGAGGACUCAAUUGAAGGAUCUCAUCUUAAGGUGUUGGCCUAAAAGUGGUGAGAGUGCAGCACAACAGACUCAGGAUGACAGAAUAGCAGAAUCGCGGGUGUGA